AUCGCCGCUGCAGCUCCAAGUUUAUGAAACCAGGGAAAGUCAUCCUUGUCCUCGCUGGGCGUUACUCCAGACACAAAGCUUUUAUUGUUAAGAAUAUUGAUGAUGGCACCUCUGACCGCCCCUACAGCGGUCUGAUGGCCAGCAUCAAUUGCUACCCACGCAAAGUGACAGCAAGCAUGGGCAAGAAGAUUGCCAAGCAUUCCAAGAUCAAGUCCUUUGUGAAGAUUUACAAUUACAGCCAUUUGAUGCCUACCAGGUACUCCGCUGAUACUCCCCUUGACAAGACUGUUGUCCACAAGGAUGUCUGUAUGGGCCCUGGGCUGAAACGUAAAGCCCGGCGGGAGGCCAAAGUGAAAUUUGAGGAGAUAUACAAGACAGGCAAGAACAAGUGGUUUUUCCAGAAGCUCAGAUUCUGAGUGGCAUGCAUUUGCACCAAUAAAUAUUUUU